UGCUUUGCUAUUCACAAUCGUUUGACUUGUAGUCCAGUGACCAAAUAAAGUUAAGAAUCUGUUGACUAAGGGCGCCUAGAGUAACGAUCAUCGUCGCAUCAAGUGUAACAUGAUUAUUUGACCUGUAAAUGGUCCGAGAAUCGCUUCAAUUUUGUAUUACUGUGCCCCAACUACACUGAAUAAGUGAUAAGAGGAACAUCUGAGUUUCUACCAUGCAAACGAUACUUUCCUUGAUAUUUAUUUUUGCGUCAAGCGCCGUACUUGUUGAGUGCGUGCAACUUGAAGUGUGGAACACUAAGAAGUCAGUCUGGGAAUUUUGUAAUUGUAACAAUAAAGCCUCGAAAUGCGUUUACGAUGCUGAUUUGUGGGCUGAAACUGGACACGGAGGUCGAUGUGACUGUGCCGACAACACCGAUGGACCAAACUGUGAAAGAUGCAAGGAAGGUUUUUACGAAAAUAAUCUGGGACGAUGUGUUACCUGUGACUGCGAUCCAACAGGGUCCGUGACAUCGCAGUGCAGUCGAGAUGGUCAAUGUAUCUGUAGACCAGGAGUUUCUGGGGAAAAAUGCGAUCGUUGUGCUGAUAACUAUUACGACUUUUCGGCCCAGGGUUGCAAACCCUGCGACUGCUUUGUACAAGGAAGUUUCAACAACACCGCUCGAUGUCACCCUGUCUCUGGGGAAUGUUUAUGUAAACAGAAUGUGGAAGGAAGAACUUGUGAAAAGUGUAAGCCUGGUUACUUCGAUUUGCAAGGAACCAACGAAUUUGGAUGUUUAUCUUGCUUUUGUUACGGCCACUCAUCUGUUUGCGAAUCGGCGGAAGAUUACACUGCCCAUGCAAUUGAAUCUUAUUUCUACAAAGAUACCGAGAAAUGGACGGCGAUUGAUAGAAUGGGUCGUUCUGUUGCACUCGUACACAAUACAUCAGAUCAUAGUAUCGGCUCUCAAGCAAGUUAUGGAUUGGACGCGGUUUAUUUGGUUGCUCCUCCAUCUUUCCUUGGGGAUCAGCGUUUCUCUUACAAUCAACACUUGAGAUUCAAUUUAAGAGUGAACGACGAUUCUCCAGCCUCACAAUUUGCCGAUGUCAUUAUUGAAGGCGCUGGAUUGACCCUUGCUCAACCAAUACACGGUCAAGACAAUAGUCUUCCAAGUCGAAACCAACGUUCUUACUCGUUUAGACUUCACGAAGACGCUCGAUUCGGCUGGAGUCCGAGGCUGUCUGGGAAAGAUUUCAUAAGUGUUUUGGCCAAUUUAACGUCCAUCAAGAUUCGCAUUGUGUACAAUAGAGAUGGGUCAGGUUAUGUUGAUGAAAUAGCCCUGGAAUCUGCCCAACGGGGUGCAUAUGGUCGAGCAGCAAGUUGGGUCGAGCGAUGUGAGUGUCCAGCAGGUUAUGAUGGACAGUUUUGUGAGUCAUGUAAGACGGGAUAUCGACACGAACCACCGGGCGGGGGAAGUUUCGCGGUUUGUCUACCUUGUCAAUGUAAUGGCUACGCUGACUUUUGUGAUCCAUAUACAGGAAAAUGUAUGUGUACAAACAACACCGGUGGUGAUAAUUGUGAGACUUGUGCUCGAGGCUAUUACGGUAAUCCAUUAGACGGGACUGGAUGUACUUCUUGUCCCUGUCACCGUAAUGCGGGAGCUUGUGUUGUCUUACCUGAUGAAAGUAUAGCUUGUUUGGAGUGUCCUCAAGGUUACGGAGGAGCCCUCUGUGAGUCUUGUAUCGAUGGUUAUUUUGGUAACCCGAUAGCAAACAGUUCUUGCAGGAAAUGCGAUUGCAGUGGGAACAUUGAUGAAAACUCUGUCGGAAGUUGUGACCAUGAAACGGGAAAGUGUUUGAAAUGCAUUUACAACACUGCCGGGGAUCGAUGUGAGAAAUGUCUUCCCGGUUUCUUUGGUGAUGCUCUGAGUUACCCUAAGGGAGAUUGUAAAUCUUGUGGUUGCCAUAGAACUGGAACAGUGAUGGGCAAGGGAGAAGAUGGAAAAGAAUUGGCUCUUUGUGACUCUCGCAGUGGACACUGCGAGUGUAAAAACUAUGUGAUGGGACGAAAGUGUGACCAGUGCAUACAAGGCUAUUGGGAUAUCAGUGGUGAGAAUGGUUGCCAAUCCUGUGGUUGUAAUAUGUUUGGAUCACAUAAUCUGACCUGCGAUCAGUUCACCGGCAAAUGCUACUGUCGACCUGGGGUCAUUGGAACUAAGUGUGACCAAUGUGCACCUUAUCAUUAUGGUUUCUCUGAGAAGGGAUGUGCAAAGUGUGACUGUGAUCGAAUUGGAUCAAAAUCUCUGCAGUGUCGCGAUAAUGGUCAAUGUGAGUGUUUGGCAAACGUGGAAGGCCGUCGAUGUGAGCGGUGUCGUGAAAACAAGUUCAACCGAACUGCUGGUUGUAUAGACUGUCCAGCUUGCUACGGACUAAUCCAGGACUCUGUGAAUGGGCACCGAGGUAAACUGAACCAGUUGCGAUUAUUACUGGAGGAGAUACAAAACAGCCCUGUGGAAGUGGAAGCAAAGUUCGAAACACAAUUGGAAGAAUUGAUCGCUCGCACUGAGGCACUGGUAUCGGAUGCUCGUCGAAUGGGCUCAGAUGGUCGAAACCUUGUCAAUUCUUUGACCACUUUAAAGAACCGUUUAGCCCGAGUCAAAGAAUUGACCUCGUUGGUUGACGGUCGGAUGGAAGGGUUGAACAACUUGGUCAAUUUUGGAAAGCAAAACAUGAGUUUAGCAGAAGAUAUAAUUGAAAAAGCCAAUUUAAUAUUAUCUGAAGCUAAAAAGACAUUCGAUCAUGAAGGAAGAACUGCCUUGGAACAUGCUCGCGAAAGGUUCAAAAGGUACGGACAGCAGUCUGAACGAAUGUCCAGAAUAUCAUUGGAAUCGGUUGCUCUAGCAGAUAAGAUUGAAAAAGAAGCUGAAAAGGUGGAAAAGUUGGCGAAAGAAGCUUUGAACAACUCAGAAGAAGCGUCUCGAUUGGUGAAAGAAGCCAUGGUGAUGCAUUCGAGUAAUCGUGAAGAGAUUCGGGCCAUUCAGAAACAAUUGAUCGAUAUCAACGAUUUAUUGGAACGAACAAGGAAAAUGGCAGAAGAAGCAAAGAAAGAAGCUGAUCGAGCUGCCAAAGAUGCGCUACAAUUGUUGACCGAAGCGGGCUCAUUGAGUAUUCCAAAUGUGAACGCCUCGGGCAUGAAACAAGAUGCCAGAGAGUUGGUCGAUCAGGCGGCUCGUAUCAUGAGAGAAGCGGAUGCGAUGAUGUCACGAUACGAGAAUGUACUGAAUGGAACACAGAUCCAAAUGGAGGAUGUUCGAUCUCUUCUGAAAGAGGCAACCAGGCAACAGAACAAAGCUUCCGAGUUGUUGAGCGAAGUGGACAAAGCUCAUAAAACUGCAGAGAAAGCAGCUCAGGCAGCCAAUUCCACUUUGACGGAAGCCACUGGAACUUUGAUGACACUUCGAGGGUUCGAUAAGUCAGUGAAAGAAAGUCAAGGACGAGCAGAUGAAGCACUGAAGCGAGUACCACAGGUGGAAAAGCUUUUGAACGAAGGCAAAGCCAAGACACAGGAGGCUUUUGAUGCUCUCACUGGGGCUUACAAUGACGCGAUAAACGCUCAGAGUAUUGCAACCGAGGCUCGUUACAUCGCUGGUAAUGCUUCCGCUGAUGCAAAUGCGAUUCGUGGGGAAGCAGGUAAAACAAAGGAGAGAGCGGGAAGAAUGAAAGACGAGGUGGAAUCAUUGAACAGGGCUCUAGCCGAUACCGAAGGUCGACUCAACUCAUAUGGUGAACAGACUGUCAACGACGAGAAAUUGGCUUUAGAAGCUUUAGAAAGAGCUAACCAAGCCAAGACUAGUGCCAUCGAGGCGAAAAGCAAAGUGUCUGGUGCACUGCAAACUGUUGAUUCAAUAAUAAAAACUCUGGAGGGUUUGGACUCUGUCGACGGUGGAAACAUGAAAGAAUUGGAGGUGAAACUGCGGGAAGCCGAGAAGGAAUUGCUGACUGCUGAUUUGAACAAUCGAACAGAAGAGUUGAGAAAGUCGCGAGAUGACCUGUCAGGCAUGUUGACCAAUUAUCGCGAAGAACUUGAACAACUGAGAGCGGACGUCGCCAAUAUCAAAGACAUUGCUUAUGCUAUUCCAACUGAGUGUCUGAGACGAUCCAAACUCGAGCCAUAAUACUUGGAGUACCUGAAUGUACAUAUGACCGGUGGACACAAAUACUAUUAUACAAACAAUACCAAUAGAAACUAAUAUGCAUCAAUAUAAUAACAAUUAGUCGCUGCAAUUACCAAUUAACUUACAUUUUGUGGUCAUUUUCGAGGGUUAAUUUUGUUCACCCAAUCAACUGUCAUUAUUAUCAAUCCAAUUGUAAUAUUACUUUCUCUUUUUUCUUUACUAAUCAAUUUGGAUCGAUGAACGAUCAUUGAGAACGAAAAUCAAGCCUUCAAUUGUCUCAUUUUUCCUUUGAUCGAAAUUCUAAUCAAAUCAAGCGAGUUCAUUUUCUUCUGCCAAUCAAACCUUUUCGAUAGUUAAUCUGUUGAUACCAAUUGAAAUAAAUGAAUUUAAAUUACACAAUCAA